UCGGCCUCCUGCGGGAGACCGUGUAAACAGGUCAUGACAACGGCCUGGAAAGGGGCCCUGGGAGCAAAGGGGCCCUGGGGGCGCAGCGGUGGUAGCCUACCCGCGGCUCGCUGGCUCUUGGGGGAGGGGCAGCGAGUCGGCGUUCGCCUUCGUUCAUUUCUUAACUGAGCAACUGCUUAAGCGCUUUCUGAGAGUCAGGCAGGCCCCGGUGUGCCACAGUGGUCCCCGCCCCUCAGGCCAACUGCACGCUACGCCGUCACCCAUGGAGAGGACUCCGAUGGAAAGCAGGGUGCUGGGGGAAGAGAAGUCUGAUGUUCCUUAAGAUGGCCUGAUAUGAAGGAGUUACGCCUCCCGCCUCAAGCCCCCCAGAGCUGUCCUGUGGCCCCCUUGUCCCUCAAGUGCAGGAGCUGGUUGAAAUGUCGGGAAUGGAAGCCAAUGUGACCAUCCCAAUUUGGCAAAACAAGCCUCAUGGGGCUGCUCGAAGUGUGGUGAGGAGGAUCGGGACCAACCUACCACUGAAGCCAUGCCCCCGAGCGUCCUUUGAGACCCUGCCCAACAUCUCUGACCUGUGUCUGAGGGAUGUGCCCCCAGUCCCUACUCUGGCUGACAUCGCCUGGAUUGCUGCAGAUGACGAGGAGACAUACGCCCGGGUCAGGAGUGAUACACGGCCCCUGAGGCACACGUGGAAGCCCAGCCCUCUGAUUGUCAUGCAGCGCAAUGCCUCCGUGCCCAACCUGCGUGGGUCAGAAGAGAGGCUCCUGGCCUUGAAGAAGCCAGCCCUGCCAGCCCUAAGCCGCACCACAGAGCUUCAGGAUGAGCUGAGUCACUUGCGAAGCCAGAUUGCUAAGAUAGUGGCAGCUGAUGCAGCUUCGGCCUCAUUAACGCCAGAUUUCUUAUCUCCAGGAAGUUCAAAUGUCUCUUCUCCCUUACCUUGUUUUGGAUCCUCAUUCCACUCUACAACUUCCUUUGUCAUUAGUGACAUCACCGAGGAGACCGAGGUAGAGGUCCCUGAGCUUCCAUCAGUCCCCCUGCUUUGUUCUGCCAGCCCUGAAUGUUGCAAACCAGAACACAAAGCUACCUGCAGCUCGUCUGAAGAGGAUGACUGCGUCUCUCUGUCCAAGGCCAGCAGCUUUGCAGAUAUGAUGGGGAUCCUGAAGGACUUUCACCGGAUGAAGCAGAGCCAAGACCUGACUCGGAGUUUACUGAAGGAGGAAGACCCUGCCAUUCUUAUCUCUGAGGUCCUAAGGAAGAAGUUUGCUUUGAAGGAAGAAGAUAUCAGUAGAAAAGGAAACUGAUAACACUCAGCUCUGCAAACUCAAGUCUCAUGCUCCUGGAAUUCCUUCAAUAGCUGCCUUCCUCACCGCAGGUGUUUCCGCCUCUCUAUUAGAAAUCUUCUGCAACAGUCUUGCUGAAAACUGUAGAGCUUAGACUGAAAAAGAUGAGCAGGAUUAUGUUUCCCACACAUGAGACUCUAACAAACUAAAACCUGUUUGAGUUGAGACAUUUGUUACAGAUAAAUGUGUUGGUUGGAAUCUCUCAGCCUAAAGGGUGAGAUAGAAAUUUCUGGUUUUUCCUUACCCCUGUGUGAAAACUAGGUCCUAACGAAUGACUUACUUCACUGCAUUAUCCCAUAAAUGGUCUCACUGGACACUUUGUGCUCAGCUAUCACUCUCAGUGGCUUCCUUGCAGCAGAGCUGAGGGGAAGGGGCUAUAACUGUUUUAUGUACUUGUUCACAGGGCAGGGAAAAUCUUACGCUGCUCCAUCAUACUUUGACCAAUACCCAGCAAUCACCCUCUUCCCUGUCCAACACCUAGGUGUAGUGGUAAGGCCACUGGAGCAGCUGGGAGGCCUGGCUAUUUUUUUCUUAAAUGUAUUUUGUAAUACUGUACAACCAAAUCUACCCUCCAAGGCCCUGGGGCCUCAUCCGUUCCACUCAUUGAAAAAACUUUCUCUUUCAUGGACUUCAGCUUAAGACCAGCAGGAAAGAGAAACGGAGGGAAGAGCAUAUCAUCCUCCGGCCCUUGACUGCUGCUUUGGUUUGGGGCCAAGGUUUGUACCUGCCACACCAUGCAUGACUCAGAUGCCCUCAGGUCCCGUUCUCUACAGUAUGUAUCCUGUGUGUUUGGGUUGAAGCACUACCUGACAUUAAAGAAAGCACUUGGAGAG